UUUUUAUUUUAAACAUGGAAGUGUCAAUUGUACAUCUCUUUUAUAUGAUAUCCAGGACCUGCUCAACUAUAAGAAUUAUAUAACUGUAACUGAACUCUCUUUCUUCAGAUAUCCUUUUUCUCAUACCUCUACACAAACUUACACCUUUUAUACCAAUGUAUAAUAAUUUAUAACUAUUACAUUAACACAAAAAAGGAUCUGUUUGUGUGCGAAAUGCGAAAUCGUCUUGCCUCGUUAAUUAUUGUUAAGCAAGAAACGCAGCAGCAAACAAUAAGUAGUAGCAGUAGUAGAAGUUGUAGUUCUAGUAACAGUGAUGGACUUUGUAGAUUGUUAACAAAUUUACCGCCAUCUAGUGUUGAACAAAUUCAACUUCAACAUCAACAACAGCAACUGAAUUCAACUCAACAUGAGGAUAAUAAUAAUAACAAUAGAAUAGAUACCGUUAGUUCUAGUUUAUUGUUACUAGAUGACACUCGAGCAGGUGGACAAUUAGUUUAUGAAAAGAAUAACUCCAAUAGUUGUUUUAAUGUGAUUGCAAAUGUUGGUUUAUAUUCAGUAACUCCAACUUCAACAGAUAAUAAUAUUUUAUCACCAUCAGAAUCGUUAACAAUAACAAAUAAUUUAUUAACAAACAAUAAUAAUUAUGAGCAUUUUAUACCAUUGGAAUAUAAACCAAGUGAUAAUGUUGGAUGUGGUAAUUUUAUAAAUGGUAAUUAUUGUGAUGGUGAUGUUGGAAUCAAUCAGAGCCGGCUAUUUAAGUGUGAAAUUGAUGAUGAAUUUGAUGUAAAUUUAAAUAUUAACGUAAUAAAUGAUGACGAUAAUAAUAUACGUAAAAAUAAUUUAAAUAAUAAUAAUGAUGUUAAUGAAAAUGAAAAUGAUGGUCGUGAUGAUGAAGAUGAUGUUAAAUUAAAUCAACAGGAUAUUAAGUGUGCUUCCAGAUUACUUAAUACUAACUUAUUAUCACGCUUUCCUUUGCCGGAAAAUUCUGAAAAAGUUCAACCAAAUAAAAUUAAAAUCGAAUCGCCUGUCAGCGAUAAGAUCAAUUCAAGAGUUUUAGCCUCAUCAAGCAUGUUACUUUUGCAACCAAAUAGCUCCUUUAGUUCUCUCUCUCCCUUCGAUAACUUCUCUUCGCAACAAUCGCAUUUGUCGCCGAGCGAUCAUCACCAUCACCAUAGUAGUAGUAGUAAUAAUAAUAAUAAUCAGCCGUCGGAGGCCCAAUUGAUCGAUUCGACAUUCGGUCAAAUUUCCGAUCUAUUUUUCCCGGCUGAUUCCAAUAAUUCGUUGCUAUCGUCCUGUGUGGACACAUCACAAGCUCAGGCUGAGCCCUUGGGAGGCUUUGUAGGGAGUCCGCGAGACUUGCAGCAAGGAUUACAUAAACAACCAUUUUCGCCAACAAGUGAGACACUCCUCGGCAGCGGUGCAGAAGAUAUUACGGGUUCGAUAGAGAAUAUCGCCAAGCUAACGUGUCCGACUCGAGAGAAGCGACUUUCGUCGAUUCCAGAACAACAAGCUUUGUCACCGGAUUCGUUGUGUUUUGAUCGGACAACGCCACAGGAAAUCGGCCUUCUAAGCCUUCGGUCGAGCAGUGAUCCGGCAAUAGCAUUACACAGCCUUGAGGAACGUGCAGUUUCAGUGCAGGCAAGUGAGAGUUUGGAGCCAUUGGCGCUGCUGUCAACACCACCGCCAUUAGCGCAACUCACAUGCGGGAGCUCUUUGCCGAGCUUUCAGGAGACCUAUUCGCUUAAGUACAAUCCAAUGCCUAAUUUGAGUUUGAAAAUGGAUGAGGACUGUUUCAACAUAACCACCGCUGCAUCACAUCCGCCAUCUAACAAUCAUCAUAUUCACCAUAAUCACCAUCAUCAAAAUCAUCAUCAUCAACAACAACAGCAACAACAACAGCAGCAGCAACAACUUCAGCAGCAGCAACAAAAUCAAACGCACAAUCCAGCAGGAGUACCAACAACGAUCUCAACGUAUUACCAUGGAUCUUUUGCCAAUUCAGCGAAUAUUCAGCAACAUUUGAAUUCGUACGAGUAUAGCGCACAACAGCAGCAGCAACAGCAACAGCAAAUAGCUCAGCAACAACAAGGAUACUCAGAAGGAUUCUACCAACAAUAUCAGCAGCCAACACCACAGGCUUAUAGCUCAACUCAUGACCGCUAUUCACUUCCAACGUUUCCCACCAUCUCUGAACUUCAUGCUUCAGCGGCUCCACUUCGUCGAGCAUCCCUCCCCAUGCAGCGCUCUGACUCUCCGGCCAGCAGUCAUAGUCCGAAACUUCCAAAAAUGGGUAUUCUCAAGGCAAUGACCAGUGCUCCCAGCUCAACAUCCAGUUCGCCCAGCUGCCAAAAUAACAGUAACUCAAGCAAUGAAGUAACCAGCAGUCGCAUUAUGCACCCAUCACCGUCACAAUUGUGUGCUGUAUGUGGAGAUACGGCAGCUUGCCAACAUUACGGUGUUCGCACAUGUGAGGGCUGCAAGGGAUUCUUCAAGCGAACCGUACAAAAGGGCUCGAAAUACGUAUGCCUCGCAGAUAAAGCCUGUCCGGUUGAUAAGCGACGACGCAAUCGAUGUCAGUUUUGUAGAUUCCAAAAGUGUUUAGUUGUGGGCAUGGUUAAGGAAGUUGUCCGAACAGACUCUCUCAAAGGAAGACGUGGUCGAUUGCCAUCCAAGCCAAAAUCCCCACAAGAAUCACCACCGAGUCCACCUGUUUCAUUAAUAACCGCCCUGGUGCGAGGGCAUGUGGACACAACCCCAGAUCCAUCAUGUUUAGAUUACUCACAAUACAAAGAGCCAGUACUCAAUGAACCUGUUAUUGGAGAAGCUGAAAAAGUACAACAAUUCUACUCCCUGCUUACAACAUCCGUGGAUGUGAUCAAGCAGUUUGCUGAAAAAAUUCCAGGCUAUUCGGAAUUUUGUCCUGAAGAUCAGGAAUUACUCUUCCAAUCGGCUUCACUCGAACUCUUCGUCCUACGGCUGUCCUAUCGAGCACGAUUCGAUGACACUAAAAUGACAUUCUGCAAUGGUGUCGUGCUUAAUCGAACUCAGUGUCAGCGUUCGUUCGGCGAUUGGCUAAAUGGCAUUCUCGAAUUCAGCAAAAGUCUACAUAAUCUGGAAAUUGAUAUUUCAGCAUUUGCCUGCUUAUGUGCUCUGACACUUAUAACUGAACGCCAUGGCCUGCGUGAACCGAAAAAAGUCGAACAACUUCAAAUGAAAAUUAUUGGCAGUUUGCGCGAUCAUGUUACCUAUAAUGCCGAAGCCCAAAAGAAACCGCACUACUUUAGCCGACUCUUGGGCAAAUUGCCCGAAUUACGAUCCCUCAGCGUACAAGGGCUACAAAGAAUAUUCUACCUGAAGCUAGAGGACCUAGUACCUGCCCCAACACUCAUAGAAAAUAUGUUUGUGGCAAGUUUACCAUUUUAGAUUUAAAAGUAAAAUUAUAAUUAAAAGAACAAAAAAAAACAAAACUUAAAUAUUUUAAAUGUCAUAAUAUAUAUUAUAUAUAUUUUAUUACACUAUAUUUAUGUAAAUAUAGAUUUAAAAUAUGCAAAUUUGUACCAUUUUAUUAAAUCUACUUAUGUAUAUGUAAUGUGUAUAAAUAUUGUUUUUUUUUUUACUAAGUGUAAGUGUACCUAUAUUUGUUUUUUAUCUUGUAUUUGUGUUUCUACGUAUACUUUAUUUUGACAAGGCAAAUUCACAAUUAUUGAGUUCGAAUUUCGAUUCGAAUUUCGAAAAAGUAAAUUUAACAGAACAAAAAAUAUGACAUUUAAGAAAACAAAUAUGUAUACAAUUAGUUUAUAAGUAAAAAAAGAAAAUACCAGAGACCUGCAAAACGAUAUACAUAAUAUAUACUUAAAUGACAUAAAACAAAAUCGUAUUUAAGUAUCUAAUAAAAAUAAUAUAAAUUAGAAUUAAUAAAUUUAUAUUUUUUUGUUUUUAAUUAUUUCGGUUUAUAAAUCUGUCAAUUAUUAUUAUUAUUUGUAUAUUUUUUUAUAUAUUUUGCUUUAAUCUUGUGUUGUUAUCUGUGUAUGUUUGUGUCUUUUUUAUGUGUCAGACGACGUGAGUUGAAGUGAGAUAAAAAAGAAACGUAUUUAAUGAAAAAAGUUUUUAUAAGAAAAUUGAAAAUAUCUCAAAGACCAAAUUCAAGAAAAAGUAAGGAAUUAAAUUUUAGUGUCUCUUUUGGAGGAUAUGUGUGUAUGUAUUAAAUAUUCUUGUGAAAUGUUAUCUUUCAAAACUUAAUUGUGCUACCUACUAAAUGAUGUAUUGUCGUUGUAGUUCUAAAGUUUCAUAUUUCAAAAUUAUCAGAUAUAAUCGACAGAUUUCUGCAUUCAUACAAAAUUUAAUAAAAACUUGAUAUUAUGUACAAGUCCUGAAGAACGUGCAGUUUUUUCUGUCACCUAAACCAAUGCAUUCAUGGAUCUUGAAGAAAUUAUUGUGAACGUGGCUUAAACUGCGAUUUUAAUGACAUAAAUUAUAAAUGAAAAAUGACAGUUAGAAGUAAAACUAUUCCUUAGAGGAAUAUUGUACAGAACACAAAGACUUUAACUAAAUAAUUGAAUUCAAUUGAUUGAGUUCUUUUAAAUGAUGGGAUCAAAAAUAAGUGAAAUAUAAUCUUUUAAUAAUGUUAUGUACAUAGUUGAGAAUCAACGUGACAUUUUAUAUCAGUUUUCAUCAUCAUACAUAACAUAAAUCAGGGCGUUGUUUUAGGUCUGUUCCUUUACUCUGAAUUGCUGUGAUUUUCUGUGAAUUUUAGUCUCAGUUUUUCAGUUUUAUUUUGAUAUGUAAACUUGACAUGACUUCGGAACAAAUACGUUGCAAGAAAAUUACAAUCCCAAUCGAUUUAAUUUUCGAAUAAUAUUUUUUUUUUCAAUGAGCCUUUUGUCUUUUUAGUUUCAUUCAUAUUAUUUAAAUUCAAUUUAACAAUUUUCAAAUAAAACUGUCAAAUUAAAACGCUAAUAUUUAGAACUUUUAUUUAAAAAGUCCCUCGUUAUUCAUUCUAUAUGAAUAUUUAAAAUAAAAUACAAGAUUUCAAUAACUUUGCUGGUUGGAAAGUGACAAUUACAUCUAGGAUGCGGUUGUAAUUAAAGUUGAAAUCACAUGUGUCAAACCGAUUCUAAUUGUCAUUUAUCCUUAAAAAAAACCUUAGGCCUUUCCAACACAGGCCUUUCUUAAACUAAACAUGGAAACCAUAAAAACGCUUCUUUUUCAAAGAGGUUUGUCCAUUGAUAUUUCCCUUUCCACUUGAGAAUGUCAAGAGUUACAAAAAGUGUCUUAGUAUUCUCAAAAACUCACAUUUGUUGAACGAAAUCACAAACUAAAAUUAAAAACUUAUACUUCAAUGGUUCUUAAAUGUUUCUAUAUACUAUUAUUAUAGUUAAAUUGUUUAUUUGAUGGUAACUUUAUGACACUUUGAAACUUCAUAACCUUGAAUAAAUGUAUGCUGCAAACUGUAGGUUUUAAAAACAAAAGAAUAUGUAACUGCAGUUUAACUACCUUCACUGAAUCCGUCCAUUUAUAACCAAAGAUUUUUCCUAUUUUAAUUUAUCUAACGCUAUACAAUUUUAACUGGACUUGUGGUGCGCUUAAACCUUCGAACCGCUUUGAUGACCCAAUUUAUCCCGUUUGGGUUUGACAUUUUGGGCUAAGUUUGAUUUUGACACUCUGUAAUUCAUGUGGAGUUCAUCAUCACUAACGUUGAGAACUCCGUUUAUAGUUGAGUUGUGAUUAAAGAUCACAACAACUUCAGAAAUUGGAGAGUAUUUUUGCUUAAAAUGCAGUAGAUAAAUAACAUUUUAAUAUUUUAAAACUAAAAUAAAACCAAAAAAGUUUCAGUAAAAUCGAAAUAAAAUUCAUCACUCUAAAUUUUUGUUUUCAAAAAUGUUUGAUUUUUAAUAAAAUUUCAACUCAACCCUUCCUGAACUACUCAACUUAAGUGUGAACUAUCAAUCUUAAAUACACAUUUCAUUGUUGUGAUAAGCAAGAUUAGAACAUCUUGCAUGACAGUUUUAAUGAUGUUCUUUAGAAAUGAAAGCACAUGUAAUGUACCCCUAAAGGAAAUUCAAAGGUCCAUUCACAUGAAAGUGUGAAAGUUUUACAAUGUGUUCAAAACUUAAUUCUUCACAAAAUCUUUACAAAACGGUAUGAAUUUAGAAUAUUUAUAGAUUUAAAAUCAUGGUUUCUUUGCAUUUUUAAAGUAGGAUGAUUGAAUUCGUUGAUUUUAAAGAGAUUUCAAAAAAUUCAUAAAUGAUUCUUUUGAAAAUUCUAACUAUUCAAAUAUUUGAAAUUACCCUUAUUCUAUAUAA